AUGGCUCAAAAUCCCUGGUAUAUUAAAAAAUCAAAAGUAUUAAGAACUAGUAAAUUGGAAAAUUUUAUUAACAAGUUCAAUGAAGAUUAUGAUCAUUUAAUGCAUAUUCCUAAAUUUAAAUAUAUAAAAAACACAUUAGGAGUAAUUUUUGAGAAUCCUGGAUUAAUUAUUAAUAAAAAAACUUUUAAUAUAGUAAGAAUAAGUUGUGUAGCUCAAUUGCAACCAAAAUACUUAAAUAACGUAAAGGAUGGAUUAAGCAUUUAUUUAUCAAAAUUUAUGUUAAAAGUAAACCAUGAUGUUGAAGGAUUUAGUUUAUGUUUUAACAAUAUCAAGUUAAAGGAAAAAGAACCAAAAAUUAUUAAUAGUGAUCCAUCAAAUAUGUUUUUAAAAAUCAGUUUUAAACUUUUAAUUUUAGUUUUAAAAGAAAAUCAUAUAAUAAAGGCUAAAAUAAAUAAAAUAGAGCCAACAAAAAUUCAUUUAGAUAUAUUUGGAAUUAUUGAAGCAAUACUUAUUGAGGAAAUUUUUAAAGAUUUUUGUUAUGAUUCAAAUAAUAAUACUUUUAUUAAAGAGAAUAAUGUAUAUUCUUUAAAUGAUAUUAUAAAUUUUACUAUAAAAAGAAUUACCUAUUCUGACAGUGGUUCAAAUGUUAAACUAAUUGGAUAUUUUUAA